GGCAAACAGUGGGAUAUAUAAAGGAAGGGGAAGCACAGCCAGCCCCUGAGAAACUGUUGGAGCCAGUGGUUCUCUCCUGCCCUGCCUCCCUCCACGUGAUUCAGCCUCCCAGCACCGAGAGGGAGAGCCAGGAAAAAGUAACCCCAGGGCACUGAAGAGACGUGCCAUGGCUCGGUGCAGCCUCCUGCUCCUGAUGCUGCCCUGGCUGGUCACUGCAGGGAGAGCUGCUGCCCCCGGGUGCAAGAUCCGGAUCACCUCCAAGGGCCUGGAGCUGGUGAAGCAGGAAGGGCUGCGCUUUGUGGAGCAGGAGCUGGAGCACAUCAGCAUCCCCGACCUGCACGGGAAGGAAGGGCAGUUCCACUACAACAUCAGCGGGGUGAAGGUGACGGACCUGCAGCUGGCGCUCUCCAACCUGCACUUCCAGCCCCCGCAGCACCUCGCCUUCAACAUCAACAACGCCUCCAUCAGCCUGCGCUUCCGGCGGCAGAUACUCUACUGGUUCUUCUACGAUAUUGGCUCCAUCAACGCCUCUGCCGAAGGCGUCAACAUCCGCACCCUGCUGAAGCUUUCCAUGGACAAUGCCGGGCGCCUCAAGAUCUCGAACAUGUCCUGUAAUGCCUCCAUUGCCAGGAUGCAGACUGGCUUCACGGGCACACUCAGGAAGGUCUAUGAAUUCCUGUCUACCUUCAUCACCACAGGAAUACGCUUCCUUGUCAACCGGCAGAUCUGCCCGGCGCUGCACUACGCGGGGCUUGUGCAGCUGAACUCGCUGCUGGACACCGUGUCGGUGCGCAGCCCAGUGGACGAGCACAUCAGCAUCGAUUACUCCCUCCUCAGCAACCCCGUCGUCUCCCCCGACACCCUCGAUCUGGACUUCAAGGGCAUGUUCUACUAUCAGUGGAACGAGACGCUGGUGAACCAGGCGGUGGCACCAGUGAUCAAGGAGACGGAGCGCAUGGUCUACGUGGCUUUCUCCGAGUACUUCUUCAACUCUGCCAUGGAUGCCUACUACCGGGCGGGGGUGCUGAGCAAGGAGAUUGCAGGGGAGGAGGUGCCCAAGGAUCUGGAGGUUUUGCUGAGAGCCUCGUUCCUCGGAAGCAUCAUCAUGCUGAGCCCCGCUGUGGUGGACGCGCCCCUGAAGCUGGUGCUGCAGGUGUUGGCUCCUCCACUCUGGACAAUCAAGCCCUCGGGCACCUCCGUCUCGGUCGUUGCCGUCCUUAACAUCUCCCUGGUGCCCGUCGACCACCCCGCCAUCCAGCUCUCCAGCAUGACCAUGGAUGCCAAGCUGAGUGCCAAGAUGUCUUUGCGAGGGAAAGCGCUGCAGGUGCAGUUGGAUCUGAGAAGGUUCCGUAUCUACUCCAAGCAGUCGGCACUGGAGUCCCUGGCGCUGUUCCCAUUGCAAACCCCCCUGAAGACACUGCUGCAGCUGAUGAUCAUGCCCAUCCUUAAUGAGAGGACAAAGAAGGGCGUCCCAAUCCCCCUCCCUGAGGGCAUGGACUUCACCAAGGAGGUAGUCACCAGCCACAUGGGAUUCAUCACGGUGGGGGCAGAUCUCCAUUUCUCCAAGGGACUUCGGGAGGUGAUUGAGAAAUACCAGCCUGCCCGGCCCAGCCGCCUGCCGGGCCCAGAAACAGCCCCCCCUGGCUCUAACUCUUCCCUGCUGAGUUCCUUUAACAAUACAGAGCCCCAGGCCAGCCUGAGCUAGGAAGCAGUUGCCUGCUCAGCCUGCACCAGGAGCCAGCUCCUGCAACCCACAACUGGCCCAUGGAUGUAGCUGCUCUGGGAGGCAUGGCAGCAGCUGCACUGUGAUACUAAUAAACAGGGUUAGACACUG